CCUUGGCAAGGCCGGUCUGGCACGGCCGGCCGUGACGCGCAGAUGUGUUCAAGUCAGCAAACAUUUACUGAACGACUCCUGUGUACAAGAUGACCAUUUGCAACAGGCCCUCCAACAAAACAGCCCCUGAGAAGAGUGUGUGGACGGCACCCGCGCAGGCCAGCUCCGAGCUGCAGGGCCAGCGGUCCCGCAGGAAUGGGUGGAGCUGGCCCCCUCACCCGCUCCAGAUUGUGGCCUGGCUGCUGUACCUCUUCUUUGCUGUGAUCGGCUUUGGGGUCCUGGUUCCCCUCCUGCCUCACCACUGGAUGCCUGCUGGCUACGCUUGCAUGGGGGCCAUCUUUGCUGGCCACUUGUUGGUGCACCUCACUGCUGUCUCCAUCGACCCAGCAGAUGCCAAUGUGCGGGACAAGAGCUACUCGGGGCCCCUGCCCAUCUUCAGCCGCAGCCAGCACGCACACGUCAUUGAAGACCUGCACUGCAACUUGUGCGACGUGGAUGUGAGCGCUCGCUCCAAGCACUGCAGCGCUUGCAACAAGUGCGUGUGCGGCUUCGACCACCACUGCAAGUGGCUCAACAACUGCGUGGGCGAGAGGAACUACCGGCUCUUUCUACACAGUGUGGUAUCCGCUUUACUGGGUGUUCUGCUCCUGGUGCUGGUGGCCACUUAUGUCUUUGUGGAGUUCUUUGUCAACCCCAUGCAGCUGCGCACCCACCCGCACUUUGAAGUUGUGAAGAACCAAACUGAUGUGUGGUUUGUGUUCCUGCCUGCGGCCCCGGUGGAGACCAAGGCUCCUGCCAUCCUGGUCCUGGCUGCCCUGCUCAUCCUUCUGGGCCUGCUCUCCACAGCCUUGCUUGGCCACCUGCUUUGUUUCCACAUCUAUCUCAUGUGGCACAAGCUCACCACCUAUGAGUACAUCGUGCAGCACCGCCCACAAGAGGCAAAGGGGGCCCACAGGGAGCUUGAGUCGUGUCCCCCCAAGAUGCGGCCUAUUCAGGAGAUGGAGUUCUAUAUGCGGACCUUCAGCCAUGUGCACCCAGAGCCCCCCAGCCAGGCCAGGCCAGUGGCAGUGAAUGCCAAGAGCCAAGGGGAGCCUCCACCGCCCUCCUCCCCAGACACUCUGGUCCUGCCUCCCGGGAUCUGCCCCCAGUCUUCCCUCUGUUUGUGCAGAAAAAGAAGAAGCGGCGCAUGUAUAAGGUACCUAUGUCUGAGGCCUUGCACCGGGAGCCCUCGCUGCCCAGGCUGCAGGGUGAGCGCCCUCCCCAUCCGGGUCCUCCCCAGGGAAAGAAAGGCAGAAGUCCCAGCGCGUCGCAGCCCCCGGUCUCACGUUUCCCUCAACUGCGCAGGGUCCCCAGACCCUGGCCACCGCUGCAGGUCAUUGAGUGAUUCCGCCGGCGCCAGCCCCUCGGCGUCGGCCGAGUCCGUGGACGAGACUCCAGUGGCGCAAACGCGCCUGGGCAGCGCCGCUCUGGCCGCCCCAGGGAGCAGGGGACAAGAGCCGGGGCCGGCGCUGCCGAGGCGCGCGCCUGCCGUUUUCGUGAGCCCGAGCAGCGGCGAGCUUGGGGCGCAGUGCACCCGGGAGGCCGGCCUGCGGUAGCUGGGCGGAGAAGCCGGAGGGCCGAGGAGGAGCUGCCAGCCCGACUCUCUAUGCAACACACCACGCUCGCCGCACCGAGUGCACUUUAGGGGCCACUCCGGCCGGCGGGCGCGGCCUCCCUCCCCCACGACUCAGCAAUACCCGCCCCACCGGCUGUGAUGCUCCAAUAAACGUGUUUUUUAUGCUUUUGCCGACGUAGUACUUAUUUUGUUAAUAAUAAGGUCGGUGGGUUCUGCAGGACCCAGACCGUUGCCAGUCGGCCAGGGGGCACAGGGGAAGGUGGGUACCUGGUCGUAGA